GCCAUCUUAUGCGCGUUUGCCCCGUGCUGUCGCGCGAGUCUCACGAGCGUCGCCUGCGCGUUUGGGGGCGCCUGGUUUGCGUCAGUGUCGCGCGGGAGACGUAGGCCUGCCUCCCCUCGCCCCCCGCCCCCAACCAGUCCUCAGAGCGCUCUGUCCCGCGUCCCUGGCCCGUCCUCCUGGGGGUCCCCACUUCCCCGGCCCGGCCCGGCCUUGGCCCCGGCCCGACCCCUCCCCAGGCCCCCGGCGGGAUGGGGGACAACACCAGCCCCAUCAGCGUGAUUCUGGUGAGCUCGGGGAGCCGGGGCAAUAAGCUGCUGUUCAGGUACCCCUUCCAGAGAAGCCAGGAGCACCCGGCGUCCCAGACAAGUAAGCCUCGUAGCAGAUAUGCUGUCAACAGCACCAGAGAGCAUGCCGAGGACCAGGACGGAGACUCCAGGUUUUCAGAUGUCAUUCUGGCAACAAUUUUGGCAACCAAGUCUGAAAUGUGUGGGCAGAAGUUUGAACUGAAGAUCGAUAACGUGCGUUUUGUUGGGCACCCGACGCUGCUGCAGCACGCACUGGGCCAGGUCUCCAAAACAGAUCCAUCCCCGAAGAGGGAGGCUCCCACCAUGAUUCUUUUUAAUGUGGUAUUUGCACUGAGGGCCAACGCUGACCCAUCGGUGAUAAACUGUCUGCACAACCUCUCCCGCCGCAUCGCCACCGUGCUGCAGCACGAGGAGCGCCGCUGCCAGUACCUCACGCGGGAGGCCAAGCUGAUCCUGGCGCUGCAGGACGAGGUGUCUGCCAUGGCCGACGCAAAUGAUGGGCCUCAGUCCCCGUUCCAUCACAUCCUGCCCAAGUGCAAGCUGGCCAGGGACCUCAAGGACGCUUACGACAGUGGACCCACAUUCCCUGCUGGAGGUGGACCUGAUCUGAGAGCUGGGGCCACAGCACCAUCGGGGAUCUUCGUUGCAGUGUGCAGGAUCUUUAGUUGCGGCAUGCGGGAUAUAGUUCCCUGGCCAGGGAUUGAACCCAGUCCCCCUGCACUGGGAGCGUGGAGUCUUAGCCACUGGACCACCAGGGAAGUCCCUUUCUUUUUUUUUUAAUGUUAAUAUUUUUUCUGAUUUCACCAAUGAUAUGUGUUUA